UUUUUUUUAAGCUACAUGGCACUUAAACUCAACAAACGUUAUAAAAAAAAAUCGUUUGUGGUCCUAGCUAUUAUUAUACUUAUUAAGCAUUCAUGGGUAUUUUGUCAGUUAUUAUGUUUUUGUUACCAAGUCCUCUACACAUAAAAAUUAGGUUGAAAUACAUUCAACAAGCCAUUUUUUUUAAUAAGUUGUAAAGACGCUGAAUUGGAUAUUUUUUUAAAAAUCACAUAAUUUAGAAUAACUCGAAACAUAUAGAGGGUCAAAAUAAUUGCAUCUGAGCUCCUCUACCUAGUCCUGAUGGGAAAACGUCGAGUCACCAGUAACCUUGUAUACAUGAGUAAUAUAUUAGUUAUCUGUGGUAAUACCGAUGGACAGAAACAAAAGAUAGAUGCUGACUGUUAAAUAGUUCGUCCCGAAAAUCAUAGAUGUCCUAUAUUUUGUUACGAGUUGUUCUUCCCCUCCCCUGAAUGAAUGGAACUGAAUGGAACAUUCUUAGCAUCUUAGUACUGCGCUAACGCACAUACACACGUGGUAUAAUAUAAUUGUUGUUUACUAUCGUAAUUUUGUUUAAUCAAAUAACAAUGGCUUAUAAUACACUAGAAGAACUAGCAAUAAAGUUGUUUGAUAUAGAUGCAGUUAAAUUCGGGGAGUUUAAGACGAAGAGUGGAACUAUGACACCUGUUUACUUUGAUUUGAGGGUUAUAGUUAGUUAUCCGGACGUAAUGGAACUAUUAACAGUCCUGCUUUACGACAUUGUUAGUAACCAUAAAAAAUAUGAUCACAUAUGUGGAGUCCCUUACACAGCUCUACCAAUUGCUACUUUACUUAGUGUUAAGGUAAAGAAACCAAUGCUAUUGCGAAGAAAAGAGGCAAAAGCAUAUGGUACUAAGAAAAUGAUAGAAGGUCAUUAUAAAGUGGGUGAAACUUGUCUUAUAAUUGAAGAUGUAGUAACUUCUGGUUCUAGUGUAUUAGAAACAGUCAAAGAUUUAAAUAAAGAAGGGUUAAUAGUUAAAAAUGCUAUAAUUAUUUUAGACAGAGAACAAGGUGGCAGAAUGAAUCUUGAAUCCAAUAAUGUAUAUAUUGAUUCACUAUUUACAAUGACUGAGUUAAUUGACAUUCUCGAAAAACAUAAAAAGAUUACAAAAGAAAUGUCUAUAAAGAUUCACAAAUAUUUAAGAGAAGUUAAAGCACCAGUAACUAAAGAUUCAUUUGAGGACAGAAUUCGAAUACCUUUCGAGAAGAGAGCAGAGUUAUCAAAGAAUCUAGUAGCAAAACAACUCUUUAACAUUAUGUCUAUUAAAAAAACAAACCUAUGUUUAUCUGUCGAUUUGACAUCAACUGUAAAAAUUCUCGAACUUCUUGAAAAAGUAGGAGAAUACAUAUGCUUAGUGAAAACCCAUGUUGAUAUUAUAGAAGAUUUUACUUCUGAUUUCAUUUCUCGACUUAAACAAUUAGCGGACAGAUUUAAUUUUUUGAUUCUGGAGGACAGGAAAUUUGCGGAUAUUGGUAACACAGUAUCAUUACAAUAUCAAAAAGGGUUAUAUAAGAUUUCAGAAUGGGCAGAUUGUGUGACAUCUCAUUCUUUACCUGGAGAGGGUAUAUUGAAGGCUCUGAGCAGUGCAUGUACUGGAAUAGAAAACCGUGGUGUAUUUCUUCUAGCUGAAAUGAGCAGUGAGGGAAAUUUGAUCUCUGCAGAAUACAGAGAAGAAAGUGUGAACAUGGCUUCAAAGAAUCCAAAUAUAAUUACUGGUUUUGUAUGCCAAAAUAAGGAUACAUUUAAAGAUCCUGGGCUGUUACAAUUAACUCCUGGCGUACAACUCGAAAGUGCUAAGGACGAUCUGGGUCAAGUAUACAAUACACCAGAAAAAGUAAUUUUAGAAAAUGGUGCAGAUAUUGUGGUUGUUGGGCGCGGAAUAGUCAAUGCAAAGAGCCCAGAAGCACAGGCGGUCGUUUACAGAGAUGCUUUAUGGAAAUGUUAUUCAAAAAGAAUAUCAGGUAAAUUAGAGUAA